AUGGCUAACCCUCCCCCGGUUCGUCCAUGGUUCCGCUUAGCCUCCAUUCGUUCAACUGCUGCACAAGCUCCUUUUGCUGCUGCUCCUGCUGCUCCCCUAGAGCCUCGCACUACGUUGGGCUUGCCUGCAUUUAGAACAGCAUCAGCACCUUCAUCACCACAAACUCACCCAAUUCAACCCCCCCAACCUCCUUCAGAACCUUCAUCUCAACCUAAUAGAUUUUCUUCUUCUUCACUCCCAAAUUCUCCAGUCCACAAGGCCACACUUACAACAUCUUCCCCACCGCAUUCCUCCCCUGAGAAGAGUGCUCGUGAGCGGGUGCCUGUGCCUGUGUCAAGUCCCACUCACUCCCCUAAAACAAUUAAACAAUCUGAUCGUAGCCCAAUGCACUCACCAGACAAUAACAAAACCAUCGCUCCUCCACCGUCUCCUCUCACUCUCCCACCUUCCCAGUUUAACACCGAGCCCAAGAUACCGGAACAGCCCGAGCCCAAAACCGUGCUGGUCCAGAAAACCAUCGACAGGAUAAGGCCAUGGCACAAUGGCGCCGCUGAAACGCACAAAAACCAUGGCAAUGCCCAUCACGGAAAACACGUCACUGGCAAGGAAAGUGAAUCGAAGGAGAAGGGUAUUCACAAGAAGCUUUCGGAUUCUGAGGACUCGGGCAUGAGAGUCAUAACCAUUGCUGGAGAAAACAGAGGGGCUUUCAUGGAACUCCUCCAGUCUCAGAAGAAACCCGAAGCCAAGUACCUCCACAAGAAGGGGACUCCGAGCAUCAACGUGGGCGAGGUGGAGUCGGAGAGUUCGAGCGCUGAGGAUGGGAGUGUGAACAAGAAGGAUAAGAAUCAGAAAGGUAAAACAGCGUCUUCGUUCCCCAUGGCCGCAUACAUGAACAGUAACGUGCAGUGUGUGAACAACUCGCUCCUGUACAACACUUCUUGCUCCCACCACGACCCCGGAGUGCGUCUUUCUCUUUCAAAAAAACCAUUUGGAGAAGGUUUCCAUCUCAAGGAAAACGCUGAUGGACACAACACAUGA